CCGGCAGCCAAUCAGCGGGGAGGUGGCGGGGAGAAGCGCCGCCAUCAGUCGGUUUGAAAUCGGUCUGGUGUGUGUAGCUCCUGACGCCAUACUUGGCCCCUCACACCCCUCGCCACGCCGCCAGCCAUGUCCACCACGGAGAAGUCUGUCGCUAACGCCGACGAGCAGGUCACGAAGGGCACCAAGAGGGCCGCCGAGGAGGAGACAGAGGAUCCGAAGAAGCUGAAGGGGGAGGAAAAUGGCGAGGAAGAGCUAGAAGAGGAGGAGGACGAUUUGGAGGGAGAAGAGGAGGAGGACCUUGGUGAUGCUGAGGAGGAGCUUGAUGAAGAAGCAGAAGAAGAGGAGGAAGGAGAAGGGGAAGAAGGUGAAGGCGAGGAAGAUGAAGAGGACGAAGACGCAGAAGAUGCGUAAGACGACAGCUGCUGAAGAACACCGGCGAUGCAUCCCUAAGCCGGGGACCACCUGAGGAUGCCAGGCCGGGGGGUUGUGGGCGAUGGACUGCUCCAGUUUUUAUUAUUGUAUUGUAUUAUAUUUCACGUACCUGUACAGUCAGUGUGAGAGUAGAGCGUGUGUGUGAAUGAUAGAAGCGUCCCUCGCCUCGCCCCCCCCGGCUCUACGGAGCUCAAGCGUCCUCAUCUUAGCCACGGCGACGCCCGCGCCCGCCUGCCGCCCACAGGACCUCCGCCCGUGCGGGUGGUGGGGUCGUGGGACCCCGGCGCGACCAGGCAGCAGAGAAGCAGGAGGUAACCAGGGCGCGGUAUGCCAUCACAAAGUCGCCAAUACACCUCGUGUAGUGUCUAUUUUCCAUUGAUACCAAAAGCAAGCAGGGCUCCCUAUUUUAUUUUUCUACAAUGCAUCUCUUCUAAACUGAUGUGUUUUUUGGGCAGUACAAGAUAAUUUCAUUCUUUAAUUUCAUAGGAGUGACAAGUGUCUACAUUUUGUGUGAAAGUUAAUAAAGCUUAAGUUGUCUGUAUAUGUGCUGUCUCAUUUUUGUGUUCUCAUCCGCAAGGUGCGUGCGACUGGCUAUGGCUGUCGUGCUCACCAACCAGACGAGACCCACCCUCGUAUCUGUCACCACGUUUAUAAUAAAACUGAAAAUAGUUUUAUGAA